CGGGCAACGCAAUACUACAAAGUACCGAACGACGACGACAACGACGACAACGACGACAUUAAUAAAACCAUGGACACGCGCGGCAACCCUGUCACCUUGGACGGCGUGCUCCUUACUGAGUACCCGGCCACUCAUGACGUAUUUUGCAACAACGCGGCAAACGCCGAGCUAUUCCAGAUCCUCACGGAGGUUUACAAUAGCACCGAGCAACCCGAGGCGCGCUCCAAAUUAGUCACCCUCUUAUUUUCCUUCCUUGAGAAUGGCAUUUCCCACAGCAAUUUCCUCUCCAGCGAGGUGGCAAUGCACAAAGCGCGUGCCGACAAUCUCCAAACGAACUUCAACAAACUGACAGCUCAGUUCAUGGAGGCGUCCGCUGAGGCUCGUGCCGCCAGAGCUGCCAGACCAGCAGGCCCUGGUAAGAAGAAGGCCCAGGACCACGUUGAGAAGUUCAGCGGAGAUCAGAACGUCCAGAGCGGCGAACGACAGCGUGCCUUCCGAGCAUGGAAGAAUAGUCUGAUCUACAAGUUAGAUGAGGACACCGAUGACUACCCUACGGAAGAAUCGAAAAUCAAGUACGCGGCCUCCCGAACCAAUGGAUCUGCAGCUGAUAUGGUAUCUGGAAUCCUUGGAGCGCGCCUCGGGUUGCUCGGUGCUAUUGUAAACCUCCGUAAGGAUCUGGAAUAGCUCGGCGUUUGCCGCGUUGUUGCAAAAUACGUCAUGAGUGGCCGGGUACUCAGUAAGGAGCACGCCGUCCAAGGUGACAGGGUUGCCGCCCGUGUCCAUGGUUUUAUUAAUGUCGUCGUUGUCGUCGUCGUCGUCGUUCGGUACUUUGUAGUAUUGCGUUGCCCG